UGUAGCGCUGUUCACCAAUACGUGUCUCGGCAUGACGAUGCUGGAAACUGAGCGCUUAGUCAUAAUGUGUGUGACAUGACUGUAAGCGUUUCCAGGGUUUCGAUUGUGUUGCUUGUCAUGUGUUGUUUCUACGACGGAAUCUCUCAAGAUUGUACAACAAUUGAGACCGUAUCAGGAGUCUCUAACAGCCGCAACGCUGAUAACUCUACGUCAGCACGCGGUCCUGUCAGACGCCGCCUCUGCACCUGCCGCAAGUACCGCUGCAGUUGCUGUGUCAACUUCUCGUUCAUCGAGAGAUGGCCGGCCUUAGGUUGCCUCAACAUCCAGAGUCUUCCAGGAAACUUGAACAUUGUCCUCAGUUUUCUCCUUCAACAGACGACGCAUGGCCGUGUUCCCCAUCGCUGGGAGUCGACCGAUGCCCUUCUGCAAGCAGUUGGGCCUGGGGACCGCCAUGGGUUGCCUGGUCAUAUACAACGUGAGGACGGAUACUCCCCAUGACGUCACCAUCUGUCUGUACAUGGAGCUGAGGGUGGGGGUACAUUGUGUGGCCACCAUACACCUGGACUGUAUCCGCAAGAUUCGUAGACACAUACAGUUCAUACCGAUACCCUCACACACGCGCAAGGGAACGGUGCUCGACGUCCACGUGCUGCCGAACGACACGGCGCUGACUAUCCUGAAACAAGAGUUCCACUGGGUCAGAGCCCCGGAGAGCGACAGCAGCAGUGACAGUGACAGUGACAGUGAUAGUGAUAGUGAUAGUGACAGUGAUGAUAUGGACCCAGACGAUGAGGAAGAUGUGAAUUUCCAACUGCCCCCAAAACCAGAGAGGUUUCACUGGCUAAAACGUAUUUUCUGGUGGCGACACUUAAUAUUUUGA